AUGGCAGCCGCAGAAGCAAGGGCUGCCUGGCAACGCGCCGCCAACCGCUGCCUGGUCCAGGAGGAUGCCAAACGAGCUCCCAAGCUGGCCUGCUGCCCGCCGAACCUGCAACCGCACGACACCAGCGAUGGAAGUCCUCCGAGUCCGCAAGAUCUCCAUUCCCCUACGUUUAUGCCCAUCAACUGGAACCUGAUGAACUCCAGUCUGCCCAUGGAAACCCAGUGGUGGCUCCAAUUGCAGCCCAACUUUGGGUGCCAGACAGCCCUAGCUAUGGAGCACCUCAACUAUGUAGGUGGGGAAGCCACAGAGAAGAAAAUGGAGGGUUUAGCGCCGGUAUCCAAACUUGAGGAUGUCCAAGGAAACAAGGCUGCAGAUCCUUUUGAGCCUCCGUGGAUCGUUUCGAUGGCUUCCAUGAAGCAAACACCUGAGACGGGUUUGGAAGAGUUGAGGAAUCUUGCUUCCUAUACCCCAGUGAGCCUCAAGUGCAAAGGAAAUGCCAACAACUGUAUUUACGAGGAUAAAGAGUCUACAGAGUUCAAAGCUUUUGAUCCUCUGUUUCCUAAGAAGCCGCAAAAGGAACACUGCGAAAUGCAUGCCCCUUGGGAACAAACCAAGAAAUCUCAGCCAUGGUGGCAAGUAGCUGAUGUCGAUGGUUUGGCUUCCCUUGUCGCUGAAAGAGCAAUGGAAAACAUUGCCAACAAUGAUCUGCCAAGACCCACUCAGACAGUCCGGGUUCAUGGACCUAAAGUGAAGGGCCCUGAAAACAAGGAUGACUAUGGCCUGCCUGCUCUUUCCAUGGGCAAAGAGCCAGAUCCUGUACAUGACACUAUGGAGUGCAGCUACAGUGUUUCAAGCACCACCAAUGAAACGAAUUCUUCUGAUGGGGGACGUUGGCAACAGCAUCAAAGAAAUAAUGUGCCCAGGGAUGCACAGGAUUCUUAUAGUUCCACCACCAAUACACCAGGCAGCAAGCCAACAUAUCAGAAUGCUUCUGAGAGGGCCAAGCUACUAGACGCUCUCCGUCACUCGCAAACACGUGCUAGGGAAGCUGAGAUAGCUGCCAAGAAAGCCUAUGACGAGAAAGAUCAUGUCAUCAAGCUAUUGUUCCGCCAGGCCUCACACCUCUUUGCAUGCAAGCAGUGGUUGAAAAUUUUGCAGCUGGAAAACAUAUGCCUUCAGCUCAGGUUCAAAGAACACCAGAUAGCAACCAUGUUCCCGGAGUUUCCAUGGAUGGUGGUGAAGGAAAAGGUAGCACCUUCUCAAGAGCACAAUGAAGGGAGUAGGAAGAAAGGCAGAAGGCCAAACAGGAAAGGUGGCCUCCGCAAUGCCGUUGCAUUUGCUGUUGGUGUUGGUCUUGUUGGUGCUGGAUUGCUUCUUGGCUGGACUCUUGGGUGGCUACUGCCCUAG